CUGAGUCAGAGGUUCAUCAGGGACAGGUGGAUAAAGGAUGGAUGGAGAGUCAGCAGCUGACACCAUCAACCUGCCGACACGUUUACUGGGCAACUCCCAAACACCACCAACCAGUCAAACCUCGACAGAGCUGAACAUCAGCUGCUCUUUGUGUUUGAUCCUCAACUCUAAACCAUCUCGUAGUGUUUAAGGUUAUUUUUGGGGAGUUGUUCCUGAUCCGAUGUGAGGUCAAAGAUAAUACAGCUAGAACGAUGAAGAACGUCACGCUGCACAACUUCUUCAUCCUCGACGGCUUCAGUGAGCUGGGAGCACUCCGGCCCUUCCUCUUCAUCCCUUUCUCCAUCUUGUUUGUGGUGUCGCUGUCGGCCAACUUCCUGCUGCUGUACGUGGUCGCUGUACAGAGGAGCCUCCACUCACCGAUGUGCAUCCUCAUGGCCGCCAUGGCGUUGGUGGACCUGAGCAUCCCGGUGUUCUGCAUCCCCCACAUGCUGCUCAGCUUCUUGUUGGACUGGAGGGGGAUCUCUCUGACCGGCUGUCUGGUCCAGAUGUUUUUCAUUCACUUUGCUGGAACCUGUCAGUCCACGUUGCUGGUGUGGAUGGCGCUGGACCGCUACUUUGCCAUCUGCAAGCCUCUCACCUACCAUGAACGAAUGGCUUUCCCAAGAUUUCUCAAGUUUAUGGUCCCGCUCGUGGUCAGAAAUGUUCUCUUGAACUCGGUGCUGGUGGGUCUGGUAGGAACGUUGUCAUUCUGUGCUUCAAAUGUGAUGAACCACUGUUUCUGCGAGCACAUGGCCUUAGUGCAGCUGGCCUGUGGAAGCACCGCCAUCAACAACCUGGUCGGGUUGCUGACUAUAUUCCUCAACCCGGUGGCCGACUUCAUCUUCAUCGCCGGUUCCUACGUCGUCAUAUUCAGCUCGGUGCUCAAGUCCGGCAAGUCCGGUGCCAGAGCGCUCCACACCUGCGUCACCCACAUCGUGGUCAUCACGGCCAGCCUGACCAUCGCACUCGUUGCUUUCCUGUCGUAUCGGAUCACAAACGGUCUUCCUGCUGCCGUUCGGGUUUUCAUCAGCACCUUGUACAUGCUGUUCCCGAGCUGCUUCAACCCGAUCAUCUACGGCUUGAGAACGGCGGAGAUCAGAAAGCACAUCCUGAUAACACUGACAUGCUGAACUGGGCCCCAUUCUUAAAAGGUCUCCAUUGUAUGGAAGGCCAUUUCCAUUGUUUCAGAGGUGUUUCUAACGUAUGCUAUAGAACACGUAGAGGGUCAGUGAAGCUGAGUUGUUCGGGGUCUACAAACACCGGAGGUGCAUCGUACCAUCAGUACAUCCGGACAAGAGGACGAAACUAUGACCAGAAAGAAGUCAGUAUAGUAUGUUGAAAAAAUAACAUAUAGUAUGUCAUAAAAAGGUCCUCAAACUGUCAUUGUAUAGGGACUCAUGAAAAUGCCUUAAAAAAGAUUCUAGUAAAGUAAACAGUAAGAAUUCACAAAACAUCGCAGUAGAAUAUGUCACAGUAAAGUCAUAGAGAUGUCAUGGAAACCUGAUGUUGAUGUUGUGACCCCAUGAAAGAAACAGAACUCCGACACAUUCAUUCAGUGCUUCACAUAUUUGUAUCUUUAAAUACCGGUAAUGUACUUGGAGAUAGAUUCACUUCACAAUAUGUGCAUGAGUUAGAAACUGUAUGAUAACUUUAUUCCAUCACAUCAGAAGUGUAUUUGUACACAUGUACUUGGUACGACUACGUAUGUUACAUGUAAAAUUAUAUUUAACUAAAAUGCUUCUGUGUCGAUAUGUGUCCAUUCAAUGUAUAUUCAUGGUCCAGGAUCAGAUGCAGGACGUGGUCUUCAGAGAGGACAGCAGGACUAGAGCGUCAGCUGGAACAUGGAGACACAGAAGGACUAUUAUUAUUAUUAUUAUUUCAAGAAAAGGUCAGUGGAACGGAAACAGAAAGAAAUGUUUAAUUUCCUAUCAGAUAUUUAGAAAUUACAACUGCAAAGUUUUCUUGUUUUAAAUAAGAAACUUCUUGCAACCUUAUCUUGUGAACAGAAACAAUUAUUCCAAAAGGUUGUAAUAAAAAAAGAAAUUGUCUUAAUUUGUGAUUCAGGCGGGAAACCAUGAUUUAUAUUUUUAUUUUUGUCAGGAUCCUUGAACACAAAGGGAACAUUUUG